UUCAUAUCCUGUUUUGGAUUUUACUCUUCUUUUAAAUAUAAAACUUUGCAUGUGUAUGCAAUGAAAAUCUUGAUAUUCAGUUCAGAUAUAUUUACUCGACUAGUUGGUAUAGAUAUACUUUCAAGUUAAAACACUGGUUUUCUCCCAUAUCUUCGGCUAUGAAGAUACUGGUAGCUUUUUGUGUUGUAGUUUCACUAGGAAAGGAAAUACAAACGUGUCAAGACGGAGACUGCAUGAAACUUGAAAAAUAUACAUAUUGUAACUCUGAACCUAGCAUCGAUUUGGAAUGUAGCAAUAAUGUACCAGGUGCGAGACCACGAUCGUGGAUACAUUCUUUUAAAUCAAAGUUUAUUCGUAAGUUAAAGGGAAUAGUGUACAAUAAUACACGUCAUGUAUUAUCUAUACCAUUUUGUAGUAGUAUGGAUAUAGGUCAGUAUAUUUGUAUUUGGGAUAUUCCUGGAAAUCCUUCCAUCAAAAAGACGACAACACUGAUAGUUAAUGGUCCUGCAAUUGUUUCGUCUCAUCUUGUGUACACACGGACAACUUGGACUGAGAUGAAUUUGAAAGUGAUGUUUUACUCUCAUCCAAUUCCUUCACAAUUAAAAUGGUAUGUGAACGACAAGGAAAUCAAGCCAGGACCAAAGUACUCACAACCGAUCUACUUUACAAAAGUAUCAUUGCGAUUACACGAUAAUAUACAUGUAAAUAUUUCUGGAUAUACAGCCUACCUUACUAUUUAUAAAGAUACAUAUGAUCCUACAGGCAUUUAUCAAUGUGUUAUAGAAAAUACAUUUGGAUCAACGAAAGAAAUUAUCAAUGUCAAAGAAGAAAUGAUGCUCCAGAAACCAACUACAGAAUCAGUUACUAUAGUUGGUGCUGUUUUGGGUGCCACAUUAGCUUCAACGUUGUUUAUUGUUGUACUAUGCUGUGUUGUUUUUGUAAAGAAAAUGCGGCAAAAAGUUACAGGUAAAAAUAGAAAUAUCAUGAAUAGAGAAUAUUAA